AUGGCGGGCUACUUCGACAUGCGACAGUCGCGUACCAGCAACCGGACGAUAGCUCUGGGACUUCUGUUGGGCGUCGUCUUCAUCUACUUCAUCUACAGCAUUUCCAGCACAUCCAUCACCUCCUCGGACCUGCGUCAGCGCCUGUCCGACGCGGCCGCAGACAAUCCCCUGUCUCCUCCUACAUCAGCUUUCCGCAAGCAAGCCGAUUCUCUCAACUCCCAUGGCGGUGUCCAUCGUCCUCCACCUGUCGUCCACUACCAGCUUAACAACCUCACUGCAUCACCCAAUCCUGCGGCGAAGAACGAAAAAGUCCUCAUCCUCACUCCACUGGCCCGUUUCUACCCCGAAUACUGGGCCAACCUACUUGCCCUGAAUUAUCCCCACGAACACAUAAGUUUGGGCUUCAUCACGCCCAAAACAAAAGAAGGCAAUGAGGCUACAACAGCGUUACAAGAAGCCAUCAAGAUCACCCAAUCCGGCCCAGAAGAAGACCGCUUCCAAUCCAUCACCAUCCUACGGCAAGACAUCGAAUCCCCCCUCAUAUCCCAAGAAGAGAAGGAAAGACAUAAGAUGGAAAACCAAAGAGUUCGCAGAGCAGCCAUGUCUCGUGCAAGGAACAGCCUUCUAUUCACAACCAUUGGUCCUUCUACAUCUUGGGUGCUAUGGCUCGACUCGGACAUUGUGGAAACUCCUCCCACGUUGAUCCAAGACCUGGCUAGUCACGACAAAUCUAUCAUUGUCCCCAACUGUUAUCAACGAUACCUCAAAGACGAUGGAACGCCUGAUGUCCGACCUUACGAUUACAACUCCUGGCGAGAUAGUGACACUGCACAACAGCUUGCUGCUCAAAUGGGUCCUGAUGAUAUUCUACUAGAAGGCUAUGCAGAGAUGCCCACCUACAGAACUCUUAUGGCAAUGCUGGCGAAUACUGGGCCCAACGGUGAUCCACGUCGACUCAUGCCUUUGGAUGGCGUGGGUGGAACAGCUCUUUUGGUCAAAGCAGAAGUACAUAGGGAUGGCGCCAUGUUUCCUGCUUUCCCAUUCUAUCAUCUCAUCGAGACGGAGGGAUUCGCCAAAAUGGCCCGACGACUAGGCUUUGAAUCCUGGGGCCUACCUGAUUAUCUUGUGAGCGAUGCUGGACUAUGGUAA